UUUAUUCAGAUUCUGCAUACUGGCAAUGCCCACUGGGUAUGUGUAAGCUCAGUAGGGUGUGAAGAUGGCACUGUCAACCUGUAUGACAGUUUGUAUCAUAACAUUAUUCUAAAUGAAGUACAAGAGCAGGUACUCAAUCUUGUUGGACGUUCAAAUUUUACUAGCAUUCAAGUUGUCCCUGUGCAACAACAGACAAAUAGCAGUGACUGUGGAGUAUUUGCUGCCACCUUUGCUACAUGCCUUGCUUAUGGUAUACACCCUGAAACAAUGCAAUUUGAUGUCCCUAAAAUGAGAAACCAUUUAUAUCAGUCUUUAAAAUCUGGUGUAUUGAAAAUGUUUCCUAAAUUUUAGACUGCUUAAGGUACAUCUACAGUUAAAAAAUUUUUGGAGAGAAAGAAUACCCACUUUAUUAUAGUGAAAAUAAAAUAGUUGCCCGAUGCAAUGGACCUGCAUACUUGAAUGCUCAAGAUGGAGGGUAGGGACCCAGUCUACGUUGAAUCGAUCCCAAUCUUUCGCAGCUUCUUCUGAAACGAAAUGCCGGCUGCAGACCCUAUCGCGUUCUUAAAUAUCAUCAGUUAAGUCAUCUCUACUCAUCGCACAGAUCCACAUUCUUCUUCGCUCAGAACUAAUGACAAGGCAAAGGACUGUGAUAACGAAAAUAUAAAUAUUACACGAUUAUCUUCUCAAAACCGUAAAAUGUGCUCCAAAUGUUUCCCGUCACAAUUACUCAGAGCUGAUUAUCAUGGAACACCAACAUGGCGGAUAAGUCGGUUACCAUGAUGAUAAAGAAAUUUGGUCAAGUGAGUGUAAAACGCUCUAUUAUUGUGUCACCCGAAAAUACGGUGUGACGACCGAGUAGGACCCAGUCUACACUUGUUUGGUUUACUUUUGCCUCCCGAACCUGCUUCGUCACGAUGGAGUCGAAGUUGACUUUCGUUUGUUUGUCGUUUACUUAUUUCAUACUUUCUCUCGGCUUCUGCUCAUCAAAAUACACUGCAGCAGUUUACGAACACGUCACGUUCUUCGUACUGGAAAACAAGACAGAGGUCACUCGAUCUGGAGCUUUGGAAAUCAUGAAGAAAAAUCUCGCUGUUUUCGAAACAAAGGCGGUCUUGGCGAAAUCCACGGGUGCAGAGAUCAUAGUUUUCCCGGAAGAUGGAAUAUAUGGUUUUGAUUACGCCCGUGAACAAAUCCUUCCCUUCUUAGAAGUCAUUCCAAAUCCUUACCAUUUGGAGAAGAGCUGGAAUCCGUGUAAAGAUCCUGGUCGCUUCAGUAACAUUGAGGUGCUAAGAGAGUUGAGCUGCAUUGCUCGUAAUUCUUCUAUUGCAGUGGUAGCCAACAUGGGCGAUGUGCAGUACUGUGAUAAAUCAGAUCCUUACUGUCCCGGAGAUGGCAGAUACCAAUUUAACACAGAUGUUGUGUUUGAUACAGAUGGCACAUUACUAGCAAAAUAUCACAAACAGCAUCUGUAUCACGAGAAAGCGUUCAACACUCCCCAAAAACCGGAAAUCGUAAUUUUUAAGACAUCAUUUGGAAUCGAGUUUGGUGUGUUCACUUGCUUUGACAUGGUUUACCACGAUCCUGCAAUUGAGUUGGUAGAGAAAUACGGCAUCCGGAACAUUGUUUUUCCAACUGCUUGGAUGGAUGGCUUUCCUAUCAUGGCCUCAGUUGAGUAUCAGCAAGCAUGGUCUAGAUUGACAUGCGUCAAUCUUUUAGCAGCGAAUCAACAUUUCCCUAUCUUAGAUAUGGUGGGAAGUGGAAUUUACUCUUGUGGCGAUCCACUAUCAUAUGUGUAUGAUAUGAAGACUUACGAAGGGCACCUUCUUGUUGCACAGCUACCAGAUUUGAAUCAUCAACCUCCAAAAUGCAAUCAACAGUCUUGUCUAUCAGUCCCUCCUCUUUCAACACAAAAUUAUGAUUUCAAACAAGGACGGCAAGAAGGAGUACCAUUUUAUUCCAAGUUGAUGAAUGACAUGUACACUUUUGUCAAACUCAGCAGUGCUGUGGGUCAGGUCUCAGUCUGUGAUAGUGAACUUUGUUGCCAUGCAAGCUACAUCACACAGAGCCAAAAUCCUUUCAGUGAUGAAAUGUUUGCUUUGGGAGCUUUCAGUGGCCGCCAUAUCCCAGAGGGUUACAUAUUCCAGAAUUGUGUUUUGAUAAAAUGCUUAAGUAUGGUAGAGUCUUCCUGCGGCACUGCCACACAAACUUCGUCAACUGUAUUCAAAUCAUUUCGUCUAAUGGGGAACUUUUCAGCGAAGGCUUAUGUUUUUCCAGCUGUUCUGGCUUCUAAUGUGGAACUUAUCCCAGCUAAGGCAAUGUCAGUAUCAGGAAAUGUUAUGAGUGUAGACUACUUUAACAAGCCUUUGGUCUCAGCUGUUCUUGUUGGUCGAGUUUUUGAAACUGAUCAUUUCAAAAAUUGAUAGCUAUUUUUUAUUUUUGCAUUUGUUUCAUUGAGUCUGCUCAAUUGAAGCUUGGAAGGGGAAAUACACAGGUUACAGCUGGAAAUCAUGAAAUAAUGCAGGAUUUGUAGAGUGUGUUCACAUUUUGAAGCUAAAGCAGGUCUAUUUGGCAACAAAUUAUGUAGUCCAAUUUUUUUCCAAAGCUUAGGAAAUAACUUUGAAUUGACUCAGAUUAAGCAUAUGGUAAAAUUAAGCAUAUUUUUUUUUUUUUAGGAGAUAGUUAUAAGUGCAAAAGAACUCACUUUUUCAUGAUAUCAGAAUUCACAGAUAUUCCACUUAAUUUCAAAUUCGAAGGUUAGAAACAAUACAUCUAUUUUUCAUUUUGAACUAUUUAGUAGUUAAAAACUUGAAAUUUAAAUUUAUUUGUAAUGGCUGGGGAGAUUCUUUUAAUUAAUAAAACCUAUAAUGGUAAUCAGAUACCAUUAAAAACUUGG